AUGUCGACGAAGCACACGUACAAGCCCACAGGGCCCUUUGCUCCUCAGUACAUCCAGGGCGUCUAUGCCCCUUCGGCAAUUUUGAUCGUCGGAGCCGCCCUGGUCAACAAGACCUUGGUGCCUGUUGCCAUUGCCAUUGCCGCCGCUCUGGCCGGCUACCAGUUCUUCAACAACCGUGAGUGCUUUUUCGUACCUUUAAUGAUCGUGGGCAGCACUGACAUAUUCACACAGNAGGUCAAGAAGGUGCUUGAUCCCACCACUUUCCAGCAGUUCCCCUUGACCGAAAAGAUUGUCCUCUCGCACAACACGGCCAUCUACCGCUUUGGCCUUCCCAGCCCCACCUCCAUUCUUGGCCUGCCCAUUGGCCAGCACAUCUCUCUGGCUGCCACCCUGCCCGUCAAGGACCCCAAGACCGAGAUCACCUCCAACAAGGAGAUUCUGCGUUCCUACACUCCCAUCACUGAUGACACUACUUCUGGCCACUUCGAUGUCCUCAUCAAGAGCUACCCCACCGGCAACAUCAGCAGACACGUUGCUGAGAUGAAGGUUGGUGACACCAUCAAGGUCAAGGGUCCCAAGGGUGCCAUGGCCUACCAGCCCAACAUGGUCAGCCGCUUCGCCAUGAUUGCUGGCGGUACCGGUAUUACCCCCAUGUACCAGAUCUCAAAGGCUAUCCAACGUGGCCGUGCCUCGGGCGACAAGACUCAGGUCGAUCUGAUCUUCGCCAACGUCAACCCCGAGGACAUUCUGAUGAAGGACGAACUCGACCGCAUGGCUCGUGAGGACAGUGGCUUCAGGGUUCACUACGUUCUCAACAACCCUCCUGAGGGCUGGACUGGUGGUGUUGGCUUUGUGACUCCCGACAUGAUCAAGGUACGGAACACGACCCACACACUAACCUCUUCGCGAAUCCGAUUGACUGACCGUUUCACAGCAANNCACUGCCCUGCUCCCUCGCCCGACAUGAAGAUGCUCAUUUGUGGACCCCCUCCCAUGGUGGCUGCCAUGAAGAAGGCUGCCGAAGGUCUCGGCUACCAGAAGGCCAGACCCGUCAGCAAGCUCGAGGACCAGGUCUUCUGCUUCUAA